AUGAUAACACCUGCUGUAAUACAAAGCCCUUCUACUAUACAGAAUAAUCUAAUUGUUAGUCCACCGUUCACCUACUACGAAUUCACGAAUAUCCUUCAUUUGAAAAAGAAAGACACGGCUCCUGGAAUAGAUGGUGUGACAUACAGCAUGUUGAAAAAUCUACCCAUGUCAAUGAAAUUAAAAAUAAUAGAACUGUUCAAUUCAUUAUUGAUUAACCCCAGUGUCCCCAAAUCAUUAAAAAGCACCUUGAUCAUUCCAAUUUGUAAAACAGGGAAGAACCCUAAUGAAGCAGAGAGCUAUCGCCCCAUUGCAUUGUCUUCAUGUCUGCUCAAGACCCUAGAAUUUAUAAUCAAGGUUAGAAUAGAACAUAUCUUCGAGAGUUCGUUGAGAGAUGACAGUCUGAUGUUUGGUUUUCGUAAGGGUAGGUCAGUUCAGGACUGUCUGUGUUAUGUGAUAUCGCAGAUAUAUCUUGGACUCUCCUUUAAUAAGUUUGUAGUGAUUGCCUUUUUGGAUAUAAGCCGAGCUUAUGAUAGGGUUCUGGUUGAGGUGCUGUUACAGGACCUCCUGAAAUUGAGGGUUCCAUUUGAUUUGGUGUCUAUAGUUCAGAACAUGCUCACGGGUAGGGACGUUUUUGUCCUGGAUCCUCACUCUGGAGAACCAAUCGGCCCAGGAGAAGCCAACACUGGUUUGGAACAAGGUUCAUCACUGAGCCCAUUGUUGUUUAAUGUUUAUACUGCUUCGGUUGCUGAGUGUGCUGAGGAAGAUACAUUAAUAGUACAGUUUGCAGAUGAUUUUUGUGUAAUAUCGGCAGGAUGGGAUUUGCAGAGGAUAUGCGGGAGGGUCAACGGAACCUUGGAUAAUGUGUCUAGUUGGAUGAAUGAUAGAGGAUUACAACUAUCCCCCUCAAAAUCCAAAGUACUGGCAUUCCAUAAAGGCAAAACACUCCCACAACUGCCAAGGAUCCAAAUUUUUGACACCCAAGUCCCCUGGUGUAACAGUGUCAAGUAUCUGGGAUGCCAUUUGGACAAUAAACUUAAAUGGAGAAUGUACGUGGAGAACAUAUGUGGUAGAGCUAUGGGGGGAAUAAACUUGCUGAGGAGGUUGACAAGGGUUUGGUGGGGGUCCCACCCUACACUACUGUUGAAUGUAUACAAGUCACUUAUUCGCCCCCAUCUGGAUUACGCCACAAUAUUUGUGGGAAGAUGCGCCCAAUCUUUGUAUAACCAACUUGACAGGGUCCAGUAUCAGUCUCUACGUAUAGCUUUGGGAUAUAUGCGUUCUACCCCAAUUAAUGUAAUGUUGGCGGAAAGUGGAGAGCCUCCCCCGAAAUAUAGGAGGAGAUGGCUGGCAUUUAAAUUUAUCAGCAGACUAUGUUAUGUUCAGAACCCGGGGAUGAUGAACUUAUUACAGCAACUAGUCAGAUUUAAAGGAUUUUGGAACAAUGGGCCAAUCCCUGCAUUUGUCCAGGCCACCAAGGAGGUGCUGGAGAUUCUCCCAGAUAUAGACUCUUCCCCAAUUCUGCAUUGUUUUAAAUAUUCAAUACAGAUUCAUCACAACCCUAUACGGUAUGACACCAUGGGCCUAAGAAAAGAACAUGUAAACAAUGAACCCUUGUUCCAACAAAGAUUUCGUGAAAAGUUUGAGGGUUGUUUGGAAUUUUUUACGGAUGCAUCCAAGAAUGCUCAGGGAGGGGUAGGUAUUGGAGUUUUCUCGUCUACGGUCGGGUACUCGAUGUCGGAGGGUUUGCCAAAGUAUAUUUCUGUGUGCACGGCUGAGAUUGUGGCCAUAUACAGGGCUCUUCAGUACAUAUUUUCGCAGGAAAUAAAAUCAUCGGUGAUUCUUACAGACUCCAUGUCUUCUUUGCAAUCCAUAGCUUCGUGGUCUCUCAGUGCGGAUGUCAACCCUUUUGUGUUGAAGAUCAGAGCACUGAUACAUGAUAUACAAUGUAGGAAUUAUUCGACCAAAUUAAUGUGGAUACCUGGACACACCAAUAUUGUUGGAAACGAACGGGCAGACUCGCUUGCCAAAAUAGGUGCUAAUGGUCCACUUCAGACACAAAGGAUUAGGGCACACCCGCGUGAACACUGGCCAACAUACAAAAUGAAGAUAUGGAGAGAGUGGGAAAACGAGUGGCACGAUGUCAGCCGGCAAAAGGGUAGAAGAUAUGCCCAUUUGAGAACGAAAAAUAAAAUUACUCCAAAACCAUGGUUUGCAGAAUGUCUUCGUCUAACAAGGAAAGCCAUCACAACUAUAAAUAGAUUAAGAUCGGGUCAUUGUUGUUCCCCAGAGCAUUUAUAUCGAAUAAAGGUAUUGGAUAACAACAAUUGUGAGUGUGGAGAACAGGGAGAUUUGGAUCACAUCUUCUUCGGAUGUUCGAAUAACACUGUUAAUUGUCAAACCUUGUACUCCACAUUAGUGAAAGAGUGCAAGGUCGCUCCACUAACGAUUUAUGAUUGCUUGCUAGAUUCACACCUGAAAGAAACUACCAUUAACACAAUUGUAGCUUUUAUUUCAUCAUCUCAUAUUAGAUUGUAG